CCUCUAUAAAUAGCAUGUGCGUUUUGCGUGUUUGUUUACUCUGUACUUAUUUCUGCAUUUCCCUUAGGAAAAUCCCAUAAUUCGCAAUGUCAGGUGACACAUUCGAUUCUUUAGGACUCUCUCCAUGGGUAUUGCGACAAGUACAGAAGCUGGGAUUGAAAUCUCCGACGCCUAUCCAGAAGCACUGCAUUCCAGAGAUUCUCGCUGGCAAGGACUGCGUGGGGGCCGCAAAGACAGGGAGUGGCAAAACCUUUGCCUUCGCGCUUCCAAUUCUACAGAAAUUAGCUGAAGAUCCCAGAAGCUACUUCGCCCUGAUCCUCACGCCAACUCACGAGUUGGCUCACCAGAUUUCCGAGCAAUUCGCCGUGGCUGGACAGCCGAUGGGAUGCCGUGUGUGUGUGAUCACUGGCGGAACUGAUCAGCUGUACGAGAGCCAACGAUUGAUGAAUCGCCCUCACAUCGUUGUCGCCAUGCCGGGAAGAUUGGCUGAUCAUUUGCUGGGAUGUCGAACUUUCUCCUUUCGGGGACUGCAAUAUUUGGUGGUGGAUGAGGCAGACAGGAUGCUGGCCGGAGGAUUUGAUGAACAUCUCAAGACUAUAGCGAGUUUUUUGCCAGAGAAGCGACAGAAUCUGUUCUUCUCUGCCACAAUGAACGAGAUUUCUUCUGAAAUCUUGCCACUGAAUUCUGAAGUCUUUCGGUGGAGCGAGAGCGCUUCCGUGGCCACAGUGGACACACUGGAGCAGAGAUACAUUCUCUGUGCCGAUUAUGAUCGCGAUCAGGUGCUCGUGGAGACGCUGAGGCGCUUCCGAGAGGAACACAAGUCUGCCAGCGUGAUUGUCUUCACGAACACGAAGAAGGAUUGCCAACUCUUGUCCACCACGCUCAAUGAAGUGGGAUUCUCCAACGUCUGUCUUCAUGGUUACAUGCGGCAGCGCGAGAGAGUCGCUGCGCUGGCUAAGUUCAAGUCGAGCCACGUGAGAACGCUGAUAGCGACGGAUGUGGCCAGCAGAGGCUUAGAUAUUCCUGCUGUGGAGCUCGUGCUAAACCAUCGGCUCCCCAAGUUUCCUCAUGAGUACGUGCAUCGCGUGGGCAGAACCGCCAGAGCAGGCAGAAAUGGUCUGGCCAUUUCGAUUUUCCGCUUUCCAAGAGAUUUGGAGUUUCUGGCUCAAAUCGAGGAGACUAUCAAGACGAAACUCACGGAAAUGCCAGUUGAUCAACGAAUGGUCGAGAGAAUCUUCAUGCAAGUGAGUGUGACAAAGCGCGAGGCGGAAAUCAAGCUGGACAACAAAGACUUCGAGGAGAGGAAAUCCAAUUACCGUCGCAUAAAGUGGCUGGAAGAGGGAUUGGAUCCAGAAGAUGAGGAAGCGCGCUUCCAGAAAGAACGGAAGGAGCGUACGGCCGCCAGAAAAGCAGAAGCGCUGAAAAAGCGCCGGAAGAUUAGCGAAAAUCCACUCUUUGGCGACGAGAGAUUCGCCAAGGUGAGAAGGAAGACAGCAGAUGUAGAAAAAUAA